GUGGGAUCUGAUCAGUGCUACCUUUUCGGAUACCUACAUGACCGGCGACAGUUAAUUUUUUGGAUUUGGGUUUAUAAUGAAGAUCAUUGUAUUGAUAAGUUUGGCAAUAUGGACAGUUAGUGUAACAACAGCCGAAUAUCCAAAAUAUAAAAUAAGGGGCCCUCCGCAAUCUCAACGUCACUCUCAACAACCACAACAAUAUAUAAAAAAGUGGCAGCAACAUGGGCCACCUCAACGAUCUCAAGGUGGAAACAACUUAAGAACAAGGCCCAUCCCUGUCCACAUGCCCCCUGGUCAUAAAAUACCCAUGGGUAUACCCAUAGGGAACCGACCAGUAGCAGUCCCUGUUAGAGCUUUUUGGAAAAAUACGCAACAGAACAAAUUUAACGCUCCCCCAGAAAAUGUGUUUAAACAAGAAAAGUUCGUCCACCAACAACAUCCACUAAAACAACAAUCAGAAGCUUCAUUUACAAUUCAUAAACAACACGAGAAAACUUAUAUUCCUUCAAAGGAUAAACCAUUUUUAUCCUCGCCAACCAUAAACAAUCAAGAGAACGACUUUCACAUUGAAGCAAACAGCAUUCCGACGCUCGCAAAUCCGAUCAAGCAGGUGGGCGAGAAAGGACCGAUUCAUACGAUACCCGCUCCCCGAUUAGGCCCAAAGGACAAACCAGCCUCCAUUGAAGACGUACAUACCAAUUAUAAUUUCCCGGAAACAGUAGUCAAUAUACAAAAAUCCCACUCAUACCAAGUGACAGAGCCUAACGAUCAACAAAUUAAUUUUUACCAGCAGCCUCAACAAUACAAAAACCAUCAACAACAUUCAGAACCGGUUCAACAUUACAAAGUUCAACACCAUCAUGUUGAACAUGUUGAACCAACGCAGCAACUUUACAAGGUUCAACAUCAACAACCUGGCGAACACCCCGAACAAAUGAAACUUUUCCAUCACCAAAUGCAUUUGCAAGUACAGCCCCAAAUCGAAGAUCAACAACAGGUGUUCUUCUCAACGGAUCCCAUUGCUCAGCCGCAGGCUACUUUUACCAAUCAAAAAAUUCCACAACUUGACCUUCCGAAUCCACAUUUUUCACAAAAGGAAUUGUUUAAAUUAUUACAAGAACAGUACCCCAAUGAAAAUUUCGAGGCCUUAAAGAUACCACAACCAAUACCUGAACACAAUAUAAAACCUCAACAAUAUUACCAUCAGCAUCAACAUCAGCAGCAGCAACAACAUCAACAAGAACAAAUUUCGAGCGACAACUUCCGAUCUGUAUUAGGGCAACAAAUUUACCAAGAUCCCUACAGACUCGCCGAAAAUGAAGAAGAUAAAUCUUUUGAAGAAACCGAACAUAAAGUAAACAUUAACCCUGAAAUGCAUUCCUUUAAUUACGAAGAAGAAUCGCAAGAUAGAAACCAAGGUAUUUCAACAUCGUUGGUAACUGGUGGCUACAAUUUGGAUUCGGAUUCGGAGGGAAGCGAACCGGUUCAAGUAUCCAUAGGAAGAAACAGUGAUGAAUCGGAACAGUCUGAAUACGUGCAGAAUUUUUAUAAAAGCAAUCAGGACCAAGACGAAGAAAACAACGUGGAACCUGAUGCAAAACCGAGCAACAAUCCGCAAGUUCACGAAGAAGUUUCCGAAGAUUUAAUGUCAUCUUCGUAUUACUCUUCAUUGCCAAAUAAAAAUGCUGCUGAUUCGUUGGCCAAGCUGCAAACGGCUGGAAAAGUUAACAACAAUUUAAUGAAAUUGUCACCCAGUGAUAUUAUCAAAGGUAAAUCCCCAAUGAAAAUACUAAUUCCAGAACUAGGUGAACAAAAACAAGAAGGAACUGAAGAAUCUGCAGAUUAUGAAGAAUUUUCUGAAGAAGAUUUGGAAAUGGCAAACCAGGAAGCAAAUACCCAUGUAUUUGGACACAAAAUUCAACCAAAGAAUUAACACACAUUUAUUUUAUAUAUUUAGUAUUUUAU